UUUGUUGUUCUUCCUACUUGGCUGAGUGUCUGGGCCAGUGGGGAAUUGCCAAUCUCUCUCUCUCUCUCUCUCUCUCUCUCUCUCUCUCUCUCUCUCUCUCUCUCUCCUCUCUGCAUUGUGAGCUCUCAGAGCUAUGCUUCCUUGUUUACUUAUUUAGAAGUCAGCAGAGGAAGUGGUAAAGGAAACUAGCUGAGUCGUUUUCUGAGAAGAGACCAUAUUUGUUCACAGGGGAAGCCGCUGCUUUUGGGGAUCUGGCUACAGCAGAAAAGACUCCUUUUCAACAAGGGUAUUCCUGAGGGUAGCUGGGAGUCAGAAGAACCAAGGACACUUUGGAGCUCUGGAUCUAGGCUUUUUCUCUGUUCAUGGCUGCAACACCUCUCUCCAGUUGCUGAGCCUCUCCCUGAAUAGCAGCCAUGGCCUUGAAGAAUGUCCCCUUUCGCUCAGAGGUCUUAGCCUGGAACCCGGACAACCUCGCUGAUUAUUUCAGGAAGCUGAACUACAGAGACUGUGAGAAAGCUGUGAAGAAAUACCACAUUGACGGCGCUCGAUUCUUGAACCUGACAGAAAAUGACAUUCAGAAGUUUCCUAAGCUGAGGAUGCCGCUUCUCAGUAAGUUGAGUCAAGAUAUCAACAAGAACGAAGAGAGAAGGAGCAUUUUCACACGCAAACCCCAGGUUCAACGGUUUCCUGAGGAGACAGAAAGCCACGAAGAAGAUGAUGGUGGCUGGUCAUCCUUUGAAGAUGACUAUGAAAGUCCCAACGAUGACGACGAUCCAGAUGGGGAAGACGAUGGUGACUACGAGUCCCCUAAUGAGGAGGAAGAGGCACUGGUGGACGAUGCUGCUGACUACGAACCUCCGCCCUCCAACGACGAGGAGGCUCUGCAGAGCUCCAUCAUGCCCGCCAAGCCUUUCCCCAACACCAACUCCAUGUACAUCGACCGGCCUCCCACCAGCAAGGUCUCCCAGCAGCCUCCGGUGCCCCCGCAGAGACCAAUGGCCGCCCUCCCUCCCCUGCCAACAGGCCGGAAUCACUCGCCACUGUCUCCGCCCCAAACCAACCAUGAAGAGCCCGGCAGAAGUCGAAACCACAAAACAGCAAAGCUGCCUGCCCCAUCAAUAGACAGAAGCACAAAACCUCCCCUGGACCGCUCAUUGGCUCCUCUCGACCGAGAACCCUUCAUACUAGGAAAGAAACCAACAUUUUCUGAUAAGCCCUCGGCCCCGCUGGGAAGGGAGCACUUACCCAAGAUACAAAAGCCUCCUUUGCCACCAGCCAUGGACAGACAUGAAAGAAAUGAAAGAAUCGGACCCCUGACAGGAAGGAAGCCACCAGUUCCAAGGCAUGGAAGGGGACCAGACAGAAGAGAGAAUGAUGAAGAUGAUGUGCAUCAGAGACCUUUGCCACAGCCGUCACUACCUUCUAUGAGCUCCAACACAUUCCCUUCGAGAUCUACCAAGCCCAGCCCCAAGAACACAUUCCCAUUGCCUCACAUGCCGGGAGCCUUCUCAGAAAGUAACAUUGGCUUUCAGCAGAGUGCUUCCCUGCCACCAUACUUCUCUCAAGGUCCCAGCAACAGGCCCCCUCUCAGAAGUGAAGUCAGAAACUUACCCUUGCCGGUUCCAAACAGGCCCCAGCCUCCAUCUUCUGGGGAAGAAGAGACUCCCUUAGAUGAAGAGUGGUACGUCUCUUAUAUCACCCGACCAGAGGCAGAAGCUGCUCUUAGGAAGAUAAACCAGGAUGGCACCUUCCUCGUUAGAGACAGCUCUAAGAAGACAAUAAACAACCCAUAUGUCCUCAUGGUGUUGUACAAAGACAAAGUGUACAACAUCCAGAUCCGUUACCAGGAGGAAAGUCAAGUCUACUUGUUGGGCACUGGACUUCGAGGAAAAGAGGACUUCCUGUCUGUAUCGGAUAUUAUCGACUACUUCAGAAAAAUGCCACUGUUGCUCAUUGAUGGGAAGAAUCGAGGAUCCAGAUACCAGUGCACACUAACACACGCUGCAGGUUGUCUGUAGCAGGGUAGCCGAGAGAUGAGCCUUCCUGACUCUGUCAUCAAUGUGACAAGAUCACAUGGCUUUAGCAUAUGCUGAACACUUAGGACUAAAGCAGACUGUUGAUGUGGGCCCCCAGUUCUGCCCCGUCCUUUAAAGUAUCUGAAGAUUGUCGAAUACCACACAAUUUAUUUAUUUUCUUUGAUGUUUAUAGAGUGAUCAUGUUCACAUUUUGAAGUCUAAGAGUGCACGGCAGACAUGAGAUUUUGAACAUCCGUCUCAAAAUACAGUAGAGGACAUAGUACGGAAAUAAUGUGGAGCAAGUUUGAAAGCACUGGAAGUGAUAGGUUUAUAUAUUUUAUAAUAAAACUUUGGUCAGGCAGAGGCACAAUCCGUUUUUUUUUACACAACUUAAAAUGAUUAAAAUUCAUUUCCAGAGCAGCAAUAACUUAAGAGGCUCCAAAAAUAGAACUCCAUUGUUUCUUAUUUGGUUUUCCAGGGUGUGUUUUUAUGUGUUCCUUUUCAUGAUGAGAUUCAUACAUGUUGGGAUAACUUCCUGGGAUUAAAGUUACCAUUUGCUUUACUAUUCUAGAUCCGUAAGACAACUUUGUUUGGUCCUUGCUGUUAUAUUUUUGUUUUAAACCAAAGGUAAGCUACACUUCUGAACUUGCAAGAAGAAAAUAGUCUUAGGUUCAGUGAUGCAGCUUUGCUGUCGGACAUGCUGGGGUUCCUGUUGCUUCUCUAACAGAGUCCCCCAUGUCUACAUCCACAGUGGGCUCCUCCACUCCCAACUCGAAAAGCCUUUUCUAGUAUUGAAGGUCUCCUGGGAAGAAGAGCAGUGUUUUGUAAGCAAGGGUGUGUGUGUGCGCGCACACACACACACACACACACACACACACACACUCUUCCUAAUAGAUGCUACUUAUAUUAUCUGGCUUUCAGUUAGAAAGUUUGACUUUUGCUCGGAUGGUCACCUGUUCCUGUUCCUGUGGGCCUGAGACAGUUCAUAUAGGAUACUGAAGUGAGAAUGUGAGGGCAUCUGUUCAACUCCUGGUGGCUGGGAAACAAAGAGAAAGGACAAAGUCUUUCCCUCCAGGUCUUGCACCUGUUGACCUAACUUCAUCCCACUAGGCUUCAUCUCCUAAGAUCCCUCCACUGCCCACUGCUGCCCUGGUGCAGGGCCAAGCCUCUAACACGUGGACCUUUGGAGAAUACCCACCCAAACCUCUGCUCUGGCUUUCUGUUUUAUUAAUCCAACAAGUGUGUUGCAAAACUGCUGUCUUGUCCCUCUCCGAUUGGUUUUUAAACCCUUCAAAGGAUCUCCGAUCUCCUUCAGUUUUGAAAUCACACUUAACAAAAAGUACAGAUGGACUUCUGGUGUAUGCUGGCUUAACUCGCUGUUUUUGACUUUAUGAUGGUGUGGAAGUGAUGCCUGUUAAGUACUAACUGUACUUCAAAGUUUGAAUUUUGCUUUGCUUGGGUUAGCAGCAUCUGGUAUGAAGUAUGACAGUGUUAGCAGGCCAUGUGAUCAUCAGGACUUUACAUGCUGUACGAUGCAAGUGGUUUUCUCUUUUUUUGGGGGGGCGGGCACUAUUCACACUCAAUAAAUUAAAUUAUAUAUUCA